UCCCUUGGAGCGUCAGAGCCGGGAAGGGUGUCCUUGGGGGACGCGGCCUGAGCCCUCUUUCUCCGCCGCCCGCUCUCUGCCACCCGGGUCUCCUCUUCAGCCCAAGGAAGGGAUCCGCCGAUGGAUUUAAGCCCGCACUUUGGGAGUUAGCGACGCGAGAAAGGCUGCGGUCCUCGACGCCGCGGCGGGGACGGGAGCGCCACCGGCACUUCCUGAUAAAGGAGGAUUGUAUGUCUCAAGCCGUGAGCGGGACCUUCAAAUGACCCGAGAUGCUCUCCUGUCGUCAAAUCCUGAACAGCCUCCUCAGCCUCCACCUGGCCGCUCUCAUGGGGGUCGAGGGGGCGACCAGAGAGUACUACCUGGGCAUCCGUGAAGUCCAGUGGAGCUACGCUCCCUUGCAGAAGAAUGCAGUCACAGGACUAAGCACUGCAGAUGACCUGAAAGCCGCCGAGUUCCUCCAACCGGCCAGGAACAGAAUCGGCAGUGUCUACAAGAAGACGGUGUAUAAGCAAUAUUCGGACUCCACUUAUGCCACGGAAGUGUCCAAACCAGACUGGCUUGGUUUUCUGGGGCCCGUCCUACGGGCCGAAGUAGGCGACACCAUCCUGGUGCAUCUCAGGAAUUUUGCCCGCCGUCCCUUCAGCGUCCAUCCUCACGGGGUCUUCUACAGGAAGGAUUCUGAAGGGUCCUUCUACCCUGACGUAUCCUCACAGGAUCUCAAGAAGGAUGACGCCGUCCCGCCAGGAGGGAACCACACAUAUACUUGGACCAUUCCUGAGGACCACGGUCCAACUGUGGAUGACCCUGCCUGUUUAACAUGGAUCUAUCAUUCUCAUGUCAACGCGCCCAAAGACAUUGCCAGUGGCUUAAUUGGGCCCUUGCUGGUCUGCAAAGAAGGAAUUCUGAAAAGCCUCUCUCAGCGGCGCCAUGAUGUGGACCUCGAUUUUUUCCUGAUGUUCAGUGUGGUGGAUGAGAAUGAAAGCUGGCACCUGGAGGAAAACGUGGCCGCUUUCUGCACCGAACCAGACUCGGUUGACGUGGAAGAUGAAGAGUUCAAGGAAAGUAACAAGAUGCAUGCUAUCAAUGGAUUCGUGUUUGGGAACCUCCCUGAGAUGAGCAUGUGCGCUGGGGACCACGUCUCGUGGCAUCUCUUUGGGAUGGGCAGCGAGAUGGAUGUUCACACCGCCUUCUUCCACGGACAGACCCUCCUGGUCCGAGGCCACAGGACCGAUGUGGUCAGCCUCUUUCCAGCCACCUUUGUGACAGCCGAAAUGACCCCGUGCAACAUUGGCAAGUGGCUGCUGAGCUGCGAGGUCCAGGAUCACCUGAUAGCUGGCAUGGAAGCUCUCUAUGAAGUCAAGAACUGCUCCUAUCAAAACACAGAGCCUGCCCUGAAAGGGAAGCUUCGCCAAUAUUACAUUGCGGCCAAGGAGGUACAGUGGAAUUACGGUCCCUCCGGCUUCGACCAAAGCACGGGGAAAAAUCUACAGGAGCCAAAUAGUUUCUCAGAGCUGUACUUCAAGCAGAGUUCCACUCAGAUUGGGGGAACAUAUUGGAAAGCCAAAUAUAUUGAGUAUACGGACCAGACUUUUCAGGUGGAGAAAGAGCGGGCUGAAGAAGAAAAACAUCUUGGCAUACUUGGACCCGUGAUCAAGGCCGAGGUGGGAGACACCAUUCAAGUUAUGUUUGCCAACAAAGCCUCUUGGCCUUUCAGCAUUCAGCCCCACGGCGUCUUUUAUGAGAAGACGUGGGAAGGGACCCUGUACAAUGACGGCUUAACGAAGCAUGGAGCAGCGGUGAAGCCUCUUGGGAAUUUCACGUACCAGUGGCCGGUUCCACCCCACGUGGGCCCAACCGCGGCAGACCCUCCAUGCCUCACCUGGAUGUACUCGUCUGCAGUGGACCCCACCAGGGACCCCCAUUCCGGCUUGGUCGGGCCCUUGCUCGUUUGUAGGCCAGGGACUCUGGAUGGGAGAAACCGGCAGAAAGGCGUGGAUCGGGAGUUUUAUCUCCUCUUCAGUGUCUUUAAUGAAAACCUAAGCUGGUAUCUGGACGAAAACGUGAAAUAUUUCAAGCACAUCUUGAAGAAAGACCACACUUUCGAUAACCACGUCUUCAGCGAAUCCAACAGGAUGCACGCCAUCAACGGGUUCGUGUUUAGCAACCUGCCUCACCUGUCCAUAUGCAAAGGUGAAAGAGUUUCUUGGCAUCUUUUGGGCCUGGGCAGCGAAACGGACGUCCACGGAGCCACGUUCCAGGGAAACACGAUCUUAAUGAAUGGGAUGAGGCGAGACGCAGCUAGCCUGUUCCCCCACACUUUUGCCACAGCAUGGAUGCAACCUGAUAAUGAAGGGACUUUUGACGUCUACUGUCAGACUAGCAACCACUACCAGGCUGGGAUGAGGGGUUCUUACUCCGUCCAGCCCUGUGCAGAAAGGGCACCUUUCCUUGAUCGACCGUAUGAGAGAGUGAGGACCAUCUACCUCAUGGCAGUGGAAGUGGAGUGGGAUUACGCAGAAGAUCGCAACUGGGAGCUAGAACGACACAACAGCUCUGCAGAGGGAAGCUACGGCCAGGUCUUCCUGAGCCGUGAGAACGGGCUUCUGGGCUCCCGGUACAAGAAAGCGGUUUACCGGGAAUACACGGAUGGGACGUUCAGGACUCCCAAAAACAGAACCCAGGGCGAGGAACAUCUGGGGAUCCUUGGUCCUUUUAUUUGGGCUGAAGUGGGAGACAUCCUCAACGUUGUUUUCAAGAACAAUGCUACACGCUCAUACUCCAUUCACGCCCACGGAGUCGUGGAAAAGAGCAACGGGGAUCCGAAAGCAGCACAAGCCGGUGAAAUCGUCAUGUAUCAAUGGGAUAUUCCUGAAAGAUCUGGUCCAGGACCAAAUGAUUCUGCCUGUGUCUCUUGGAUUUAUUACUCCCGGGUAGACCCUAUCAAGGACACGUUCAGUGGCCUCGUGGGCCCCUUGAAGGUCUGCCGCAAAGGCACGCUGGAUGCGGAAGGAAGAAGGAAAGGCGUUGGCCAGGAGUUUGCGCUGCUCUUCCUCGUCUUUGAUGAAAACCAAUCCUGGUACCUCGAGGAGAACGUGGGGAAGUACAGCAACCGUUCCCGUAGAGAAGACGAAGAAUUUGUCGAAAGCAACAAAAUGCACGCCAUCAACGGAAAGCUGUAUGCUAACUUGCAUGGGCUGACCAUGUAUGAAGGCGACUGGGUGAACUGGUAUCUGCUGGGACUGGGCCAGGAGAUUGACGUGCACACUGUACACUUCCACGCCGAGACAUUCUUGUACCGGAGUGGGAAGGAUUACAGAGCAGACGUGGUGGACCUGUUCCCUGGGACCUUUGAAAUGGUGGAGAUGCUGGCGGGCAAUCCUGGCACAUGGCUGCUUCAUUGCCACGUAGCUGACCACAUCCAUGCUGGCAUGGAGACGCUGUUCACUGUCUUACCCAGAGCAGAUGUAAGGUCUUUGAACACCCACUCCACCGCAGGGGGCCCUGCUGGAGUUGAAGACAGCUCUGAGAACAUCCUUCUGUUUGGCUCAAAAUUAUCCCUUGAGCAUGCAAAAAUUACCAUCAUUGUGCUUGCAGUUGCUGGGAUAGUGCUGCUCCUUCUUGCCAGCAUCUUCCUGGGGAGAAUAAUUUACCUUCAGCGGCAAAAGAAGCUGAGGCGCAACAGGCGGUCCAUACUGGACGAAGGGUUCAAGCUUGUGUCUGCAAAAAACCCUGACUUGUAGGGGGCAGCAGAGAGCCUCUGUGCCGCAUGGAAAGGAAAGAGAUGCGCUAGAAUAACAUUGGCAACACAAACAACCAUCACUAUGGGGGAAAUAAAAAGCUCAUGGCAAGAAACACUCCCAGCGAGCACCUCACGGCUUUGCUAUCGUCCAGGGUCAUCCCUAGGUAGACAUGAACAUCUAGGUGCCUCUAGGUCUCCAACUGAGCACUGUGAUUGGUGGGCUUCUGUCCAUGACCAUG